AUGCCAACCGCCGGUCUCAAAACCAUCAUCGCGCUCUCCUUCGUCCUCGCCGUCGGCUUCCUCCUCGUCAUCCUCUCCUGCGCCUUGUGGCACUCCUACUACCCGCUUCUGGUCGUCGGCACCUAUGUUUUAGCACCCGUGCCCAACUGGGUGUGCAGCCACUGCUCGAACCCAGACGAUUUUGUUGAGAGCUCCGGGGCGGCGGUGCUGGAUUUAGGACGGUUUUGCACGGGGUUUUUGGUUGUUAUGGGGAUUGCCCUCCCCGUGUUGCUUGCGCAUUCGAGUCUCAUCUCCAUCCCGGCCAUGGUCAUGUCUGUUAUCGGCGGCCUGCUCAUCUACGGGACGAUUAUCAGCUUUGCCAUGUUCUUCCAGGAAGAGCAGGAGUUUUGA